AUGUUCAUCAACCGCACCUCUCUCCGUUCCAUCUCCAACAUCGCCCGCCAGACGCGCACCAUGUCCUCCAACCCCGUCUACAUCCUCAGCGCUACGCGUACGCCCAUCGGCGCCAAGGACGGUGUGCUCGCCUCGCUCACCGCCCCCGAGCUCGGUGUCGUCGCCGUCAAGAGCGCCGUCGCAAAGUCGGGCCUCCCCGCUGAGCGCGUCGAGGAGCUUUACAUGGGCAACGUCGUCCAGGCCGGUGUGGGCCAAAGCCCCGCCCGCCAGGUCGGCAUUGGUGCUGGUCUCCCCGAGUCGUGCGAUGCCACCACCAUCAACAAGGUGUGCGCUUCGGGUAUGAAGACCGUCAUGAUGGCCUCGCAGGCUAUCCAGCUUGGCCAGCGCGACGUCAUGGUUGCCGGUGGUAUGGAGUCGAUGUCGAACGCCCCCUUCCUUACCUCGCGCAAGCUCCCCGGCUUUGGCCACUACGAGGUCAAGGACUCGCUCGUUGUUGACGGUCUCUUUGACGUCUACAACAAGUUCCCCAUGGGCAACUGCGCCGAGCACACUGCCAAGCAGCUCGGCAUCACCCGUGAGCAGCAGGACGACCACUGCCUGUCGUCGUACGAGCGUGCCGAGCAGGCCUGGGCCGAGGGCCUCUUCAAGGAGGAGAUCACCCCCGUCACCGUCAAGGGCCGCAAGGGCGACACUGUCGUCGAGCGCGACGAGGACUACACCAAGCUCCUCAAGGACAAGUUCCGUGGCAUCAAGCCCGUCUUUGUCCGUGACGGCUCGGGUUCGGUCACCGCCGCCAACGCCUCGACCCUCAACGACGGUGCCGCCGCCGUUGUCCUUGCCUCGGGUGACGUUGUCACCAAGGACGGCCUCAAGCCCGUCGCCAAGAUCCUUGGCUACGCCGACGCCGCCGCUGCCCCCAUCGACUUCCCCACCGCCCCUACCCUUGCCGUCCCCAAGGCCCUCGCCGCCGCCGGCGUCGCCAAGGAGGACAUUGCCCUCUGGGAGUUCAACGAGGCAUUCUCGGUCGUCGCCGUCGCCGCCGAGAAGGUCCUCGGCCUCGACCGCUCGAUCGUCAACACCCGCGGUGGUGCCGUCGCGCUCGGCCACCCCAUCGGCUGCUCGGGCACCCGUAUCAUCGUCACCCUCAUCCACGCCCUCAAGCCCGGACAGAAGGGUGUCGCCGCCAUCUGCAACGGUGGUGGUGCCGCUUCCGCCAUCGUCAUUGAGCGUCUCUAG